GAUGGUCGGCGCGUGGGGUUGCGCAGCAGCCGGGAGAGGGCGGGUUCUAGGGGGAGGCUGGUGCCUGGUGACAGACCAGCCCUGAGCGCCCGCGGGCCCCGCGCUGCCUCACUGGUCGCAGCCGGGAGCAGGGGCCGCGUCUGCGGCUGGACUUGGGGGGCCGCGCUGAGAAUGAGCCCGAGGCUCGCGCUGCAGUAGGCGAGAGGCCGGGGCACGAGGCUCGCGGGGUUCCUAGUGCGAGGCCAAGCCCGCGGAUCCAGGCUCUGCGUGCCCCUGCGGCCUGCGUGCGUGACUGGCAAGCUGGGCUUCGGCCCCUCUGUGAGCCCGAGCCCCCCUCUCCUCUACAUACUAAUUAAGCUGGUUCGGUUAAGGACGCCCUCCGGCCGGGCCCCAGCACUCCAUGAGCGAAGCCAGAUGCCUGACCCUACUGCCUGUGGAAAGAUUUAUAGAUAAUGGUCAUGUUGGAAUCCUGCAGUAUGGUUUUUCUUUUCCUGUUCUACUAUCAAGUUGUCUCAGCAGAAGUUCACAGAGAACGACGUUAUGUUGCUGCCGUGUACGAACAUCGAUCCAUUCUGAGUCCUAACCCAUCAACCCUGAUUGAUCGACACUCUGCAUUAGAGCUGAUGAGCAGAAACCUAGAUAUAUAUGAAGAGCAAGUAAUAGCUGCAGCCGAACAGGGGGCACAGAUAAUCGUAUUUCCUGAAGAUGGGAUCCAUGGCUUCAACUUCACCAGAGAGACAAUUUACCCUUAUUUGGAGUUUGUUCCUUGUCCCCAGUCUGUGAAAUGGAAUCCAUGCAGAGAGCCACAGCUGUUCAGCGAUACAGAGGUUCUUCAGCGACUGAGCUGCAUGGCACUGAGCAACAAAAUGUUCCUAGUGGCAAACUUAGGUUCUAAGCAGCCCUGUGGGUAUAAUGAUCUUCUUUGCCCUCCUGAUGGGAGAUACCAGUUUAAUACUGAUGUGGUAUUCGAUGCCAAUGGUACUCUGGUAGCCAGAUAUCACAAGCAAAACUUAUAUUUUGAAUAUGCUUUCAAUACACCUCCAAAGGUUGAUCAUGUGCUUUUUGAUACACCUUUUGCUGGUAAGUUUGGCGUGUUCACUUGCUUUGAUAUACUCUUCUAUGAGCCUACGGUAAGCCUCAUCAAGGAAUACAAUGUGAAGCAGAUUGUGUAUCCAACUGCAUGGAUGAACCAGCUGCCACUUCUGUCUGCUGUAGAAUUUCAACAAGCUUUUGCAACUGCUUUUAAUAUCAAUGUUUUGGCAGCCAAUAUCCACCAUCCUACCCUGGGUAUGACCGGUAGUGGCAUAUAUACUCCAUUAAAAUCUUUCAUCUACCAUGACAUGGAAAGUCAUGAUGGCAAACUUUUAGUAGCGGAGAUCUCUGUGAUGCCACCAGAGCGUGAAGCCAAUGCAAGACCUGGAAAGAGCAUUGAAUACCCUCACAAUAGUUUUAUAAGUCUUCACAUAGAUGAUCAGGUUUGCAACAAGAAGGAACACGAGUCCCAUUGCAGGGCAGCAGAAAAAGAAACCCCUCCAAUAUUUUACAGGGAGAUGAUGUAUGACAAUUUCACUUUGGUUCCUGUAAGGGGAGUUAAAGGAGAGCUUCAUGUUUGUGCCAACACCCUCUGUUGUUAUUUAAAUUACCAGAGACCUACUAUCUCGGAUGAGUUGUAUGCUUUGGGCGUCUUUGAUGGGCUUCACACAGUCCAUGGCACGUACUAUGUUCAGGUUUGUGCCUUAGUGAAAUGUGGUGGCCUCAGCUAUAACACCUGUGGGCAGGAGGUCACAGAUGCCACUGCUUUGAUAGAUUUUCAGCUUGGGGGAAAUUUCAGUACUUCCUAUAUCUUUCCUCUGUUGCUAAUGUCUGGUGUUAACCUAGACUUCACUGAUCACGUGGGCUGGAAAAACAACUACUAUUUCAUGAGUAAAAGUGGACCAUCCGCUGGCUUAGUAACAGCUGCUUUGUAUGGACGAUGGUAUGAGAGAGACUAGUACAGAUUUGACCCAACCAGAAAUUUAGGGGCCAAAAUUUUCACGUGUGGCACUUAAAAUAAAAAGCCUUAUUUUUGGAAGUGUGAACAUUCACAUCUUUUACAACUUCAAUUAGGUAUGCUUAGAAGAUGGACUAUUAUUAGACUUCCAACUCUGGAAAAUAUUUUGUCCAAAAUGCUUGAUCCAAAGAAUAGUCCACAAUCUGGUCUGUGCCCUGCUAAUAUUUCAACAGCAACCCCUUAUCCCUCAGGAAGAGAGACUAUCAGUAUAAAAUAUGAGGGGAUAUUAUGAAAAUACUAUUACUCAGUUGGACACACCAUGCUCUGUUUUUAGCUUAAAAGGUGAUAGAGGCAAAUGUAAAUGAUUCUUUAGGUAUGCUUUUUGUGUAUCUUAAAAUUUGAUUACAGUAAGUCCUUGCUUAACAUUGUAAUUAUGUUUCUGAAAAAUGCUACUUUAAACAAACAAUUUAAUACUGUACACAACAAUGAUUGUGAAGCUUGGUUGAUGUCAUGAGGUCAAAGGGUGGAAUAUUUCCCAGGGAAUGUCUUGCUAUUAAAUGAAGAAGUAGCAGUUG